AUGCUCUAUGCAGUAAGGCAAGGGGCUCCUGUUCUACUUGUGCAUGCGCACAGCAAUGGCUGUGACAUUGGUGAUAUGCGGCAGACGCUGCACAGUAUUUCGGAAUCACUCAAGGUGCACGUCAUGUCUUUUGAGUUUCCAGGGUACGGCCUCCACCUGGGCAAUGCCAGCAUGAGGUCUAUAGAUGAGGCAGCCUCUGCCGUAUUGAAUUACAUCGCUAACGACCUCAGGAUCAAUCUCUCGCAGGUGGUCUGGUAUGGUCGUUCAAUCGGUUCUGGACCAGCCCUCCGUGCUGUACAUCGUAUCUCGAAGGAGUUGAAGCAGCAGCCGGGCGGUGUAGUCCUUCAGUGUGGCUUCGCCAACUUCCCCGAGGUGGCAGGCCAUCUUUUCGGCCGAGUGGCCAAGCGCCUAGUGAACCGUUUGUGGCCCAACGAGGCGAUGAUGAAGGAGAUCAGAUGCCCAGUGUUGCUGAUACACGGGCGCAAUGACACGAUGAUUCCCAUUUCGCAGAGCGAGAAGCUUUGGGAAGCUGUCAGCAUGAAGGAGCUCAGCAACUUUCACAGUUGCGACUGCGGGCACAAUGAUUUCAACUUCCGGCGCUGCACGCUGCGCCCCAUCUACGAUUUCCUUCUGGGAGUCAUCAGUUCUCCGAGUUUCCCUUCCACAAACUUCCAGAUCGAUGUGGAUUCCAGCUGCCGAGCGUCCAUCCGUCACAUUGGGCCUCUGCGCUCGCGAAUCCCUGUUUACAGUUUCAAGCGUCCAGACUUGGAGGACUGGCUGGUGAGAAUUAGCGACCAAAAGUCUGAUGCGACGAAGGCGAUCGACCAUACCUCGCCGCAGGCAGCAGAGUCGGCAAAGUCCAUGGCGCUGAAUGAGGAGCAGGUCAAGAGAGAGGACACGAACACCACUCAGAAGACCAACGCGACGGCCAAGAUGGAGGGCAGGGAGUUGAAGAGUCCACCGUCCGGGCUCACACAGCGGUCACCGCCUCCUUCCAAGCGCAUGAAGGGGAAGAAGGGAAAGGCCCAGUAUUUGGAGCCGACCAUCGUUCCCGACUUCAGCAUCAUGCCGCCCAUCCAGGACGCAGAGCAAGCACUUUGCGAUCCGCAAGGCCUAGUUCGCACGUGUGCUUCCCGAAUCUCCUUGUUCCUGCAGCGGGUGCAGAGGCAACUAGACCGCAUAGAAGGCCUGGAGCACAAGACCGUCGAGGAGAUCGCCGACUUCGUGGAAGCCGAGUUUUGGGCAUGCGAUCCGCUUCCCUGCCUCUGGGAGGAGGUGAGCCUGCCGUAUGGAGAGAGUGUGCGAUAUCGCAUUGGACCCUUUUCUCUGGAUUCCCAGGGCAGGCGGUCCUACGAGCAGGACAAUGGCACCGGUAGGUCGACCUAUGGAGCCGGACCCCAGCUGCUUCGAGUCCCGCUUUGGCUUUUCACGCCCAGCGCCGGCCAUUUCCGCUGCCUCACAGAGUGGAGCCUGCUUCAUUCGGAGCGGCUGCGGCGGAUACUUCCGGCUGCUGGAGAUGGCGGCAACGGCUGCUGCGGAGGUUGUUGCGCUGCCGGCUUCCGCAAGAAAUCGGCCAAGUCUUCCAAGAUCGCUUCUCAGCCAUCCAUGGGUGCAUUGAGCACCAUGCUGGCUGGGCAUUACGUGCAAUGGGUCCACAAAAACGAAGAGAUCCGUGGCAUGGUCCAGAGGUUCGUGCGACUCUACAACAAUCCGGAAGAGAUUGCGGAGGCGCCUGCAGACGCGACGGCCGUGCGGUCUUUGAAGACGCCAGAGGGCGACACGACACCGCUGCCCGAGAAGGAAGGAAUCUUCCCGCCAAACAUUCUGUCCGGCAGCGUGGUCCCGACGGAGGAGCCCAUGGCGAAGAUCGGUCCAGCACCAGGCAAAUUCAGUGCGGCGUGCCGCAAGUACCUUCUGGAGGGCAUGGGUGUCAAGACUCAGACGCUGAUAGAGCUGGCCAUGCGGUUGCGCUUCCCUGCUGCCCCAUUCGCCCAGGAAGCUGAGCGACAGGAGGGUGCCCAGCUGUCCAACCCUGCGGACUUCCGGGCCACGGCUGAAAUCGUCGCAAAUCCGACGCUGCAAGUCCUCCUCGGUGAUAGGUAUGCAGAUUGGGCCAGCGCUGGCUACAUGCUUCACUACGAGCGGCUGCUAGCGGGGGCAAGUGCUGAUGGCACAUUGGCGGCCGUGGGCAGCCAGGAGGUGGGGGACCCGAUGCGCCAUGAGGUCCAAAGGGCGGGAGCGGCAAUGGUUAAAGCCAUCAAGGCGUUUGCCAAGGCCGAUCUCAAUGCUCGAUGUGAGCCAUGCGCUCAGGGUGAAGAGGUUGCUUCCAUCUUGCAAGUUGAGAGCUUGGGACCGAUGUUUCGAGAAAUCGGACUUCAAGUCAUCGAAGAGACAGACUAUGACAGGCAUGUUGCUGCUCCAGGCAUUUCCUCGCCUCAUCGGGUGAUCCAAAUCCUAGUGUUCGACCGUCGGACGGGGUCGUUCUUCAACUGA